UGUUAACCUUUGUUAUUUUUUCUUUCUUACAGGACGACAUUUAUUUCGUGAUGGAAUAUUUAUCAGGAGGCUCCUUGUAUACAUUUUAUCAGCAGGAAAAACCCCUUAAUAUGGAAACCAUUCGGUUUCUGGCAGCCGAAAUCAUUUGCGGACUGGAUUUCCUUCAUGCGCGGGGAUAUAUCCAUCGAGACCUGAAACCAGACAAUAUUCUGCUGGAUGGCAGGGGUCAUGCCAAGAUAGCCGAUUUUGGCCUGGCUACUCGCAUCGUUAAUGGAAAAGCCAAAGGCUGCGCUGGAACCCUAGGAUAUGUGGCUCCGGAGGUGAGCGACAGACAUGAUUUCUUUCAUAGUAACGGUAAUAGGAGAGGAUCAGACCCAUAUUAA